CACUGCUGUUACCCAAGUAACAUGAAGUUUAUUCCUCUGUCAAUCUGGCUUUUGUAUUGUUAAACUAACUCCCUUAUUUUAAAUUUAGUCAUGGGAGUGCACGGUCUUUGGCGGCUGCUGGAGAGCACAGGAAAACCCAUUAAUCCAGAAACUUUGGAGGGUAAAAUCCUUGCUGUUGAUAUCAGUAUAUGGCUGAAUCAGGCUGUAAAGGGGGUGCGAGACCGUGAAGGCAACAGUGUCCAGAACGCCCAUCUUCUAACUCUCUUCCACCGCAUCUGCAAGCUGCUGUUUUUCCGCAUCCGUCCAGUGUUUGUCUUUGAUGGCGAUGCUCCACUGCUAAAGAAACAAACACUGGCCCUGAGGAGGCAGAGGAAGGAAGAGUUAAGCCAAGAGUCCAAAAAGACAAAUGAGAAACUCCUCAGGACAUUCCUGAAGAGGCAAGCUAUCAAAGCUGUGCUUGGAGAUGACAGUAAGGAUCCUCUUCCUAGCCUGUCAAGUGUGAAGAGAAAUGAGGUGGAUGACAUGUAUGUUCUACCUGCCCUGCCACAGGCAGAUGAAGAGAGAAGCAGCUCAGAGGAGGGGGAGGAAGAGAACGAGUCUGAAGAUGUGGUUGAUGAGAUGUAUGAGGGGGCUGAACAUUUUGCGGACCCAAACUCUGUGGACAUCAACUCAGAAGAAUUUGCAUGUCUGCCACUGGAAAUGAAGCAUGAGAUCCUCAAAGACAUGAAGGAAUUUUCAAAAAGGCGUCGGACCCUUUACCACAAACCUCCCGAGCUCUCCACAGACUUCUCCCAGUACCAGUUAUCUGGCUUGCUGCACAGAAACAAGCUAAAUCAACGUCUGGAGGGAGUGGAAAAAGAGAUGAAUCAGCGCAGUGCUGGCAGCGCACCACAGUUCUACGAACAGGAGCAGCAGAGUCAUGAUGUUGAGUCACGUCGACUUGUUUCAGAAGAUAACUCUCACUACAUCCUCAUUAAAGGCUCUACCAAAAGUAAAAUUCCCUCAGAGAACCAACCUACCCCUGCACCCUGGACUGGGAAUGCCCUAUCAGGCUUUAUAAAGAGGAGAGUGGCCAAACCGGAGCCCUUGUGGUGUCCGGUCCCUGAGGAAGAAGAUAAAAAGCAAGUUUCCUUUUCAGGGGACUGUAAAGAGUCUGAUGUCACAUCGCCCCCUUCGCCUCGCACGCUGAAUGCUCUUCAGGUCGCCAUGAAUGACACCUCAGAUGUGAAGCAGGAAGACGGAGAAGGUAGCAUUUCUCCACGAAGUCUGCUCGCCAUCCAACAAGCUCUGGAUGAGGAUGACGAUGGAGUGACGCAAAAGACUCUAAGCAGCAGCUCUGCUACUGAGAUACAAAUAGCCAUCAGUAGUUCAGAAGAGGAUGAGACAGAGCUUGAUGCCAUUAAAGAUUUUGUCGAAGAAAAAUCCAAUUUUAAGGAGAACACCUUAGGAAAAAAUAUACCUGAUGACUUGUUAGAUAUUGGUUCUGAUUAUAUGGAUGAAAUAAUUGGACAAAGAAAUAAAGCUUUUCACUUUGCAGCAGCUAUUAAUGAAGUGAAGGAAGGAUCUGACAGACAAAACAUGGGGGAAAAAAACUGUGAAGUGAACAAGGACAUGCGCCAAGCUAAUGCAAGGACAGUAAGUUGCAGUCAGACACAACCUGACAAUAGAGGUGACUCGGAGCUGGGAUUAAUGUUUGAGAAGGAACAUCACACCCAUUUUGAGGCUGCUGAUAAUGAAUCUGAGCAGGUAUUCGGAAAAUCUCUUAGGGAGGCACAAAGUCACAUUGAAUUGCCUGAGCGGGGUAAUAAUCAAUUCCCUCUUCUAAAAACGAGCCAUGUUGUUAAGCCAGGAAGUGUGGACGACAGUGAAUCAGAAGAGAGUUUUGUGGAAGUAUCAGAGGAGGAACAUGAAGAAGAUGCAGAGGAGGUCUACAAUGAGACCAUGCAAGCAGAAAGUCAGCCCGAUGCUGCGCCCGUUCCAGACCAGAACUCGACAUCAAAUGAGGAGAUCGACAAUGAAACCCCGUCCGAUGGGGAUGAAUUUGAAGAGGAAAAAUUGAAUGCAUCCUGCUCAGCUACUGCAGUCAAUGAAUGGGAAGAUUUUGAUGUGGAGGAGCUGCACUCCCUUGAGAGCUCUCUGCAGGUGGAGCAGAGCAACCUGAAAGAGCAGCAACAGCAACAGGAGAGGAUGGCCAACACAGUUACAGGGCAGAUGUACUUGGAGAGCCAGGAGCUCCUACGGCUUUUCGGUAUUCCAUUCCUAGUGGCACCGAUGGAGGCCGAGGCGCAGUGUGCUGCACUCGACAGAACCGACCAUACUAAUGGUACCAUUACUGAUGACUCAGAUGUUUGGCUGUUUGGAGGACGACACGUCUACAAGAAUUUCUUCAACCAGAAUAAAUAUGUGGAACACUACCAGUACAGUGACCUGCAGAACCAACUUGGUUUGGACAGAAACAAACUGAUCAACCUGGCUUACCUGCUAGGAAGUGACUAUACCGAGGGCGUGCCUGGGGUCGGGUAUGUGACAGGCAUGGAAAUCUUGAAUGAAUUCCCUGGACAUGGGCUGGAGCCACUGACACAGUUCAGUAAUUGGUGGUCAGAAGCGCAAGAGAAAAAGCGUUUGACUGACAAUCCUCGGGACACGAAAGUGAAAAAAAAGCUGCGGGGGCUCAAACUUCAACCCGGGUUCCCAAACCCUACUGUGGCUCAGGCUUAUCUGCAGCCUGCUGUGGACCAGUCGGACAGUUCCUUCAGCUGGGGACACCCUCAACUGGACAUGAUCAAAGAAUUUUGUCAAAGUCGCUUUGGUUGGACCAGUAGAAAAACCACAGAGACCCUUCAGCCUGUGAUCAAACAACUUAACACACAACAGACUCAGUUGCGGAUUGACUCAUUCUUCCGCAUGGAGCAACAGGAAAAGCAGGCGAUUCGAAGUCAGCGACUCCGCCGUGCCGUCACCUGCAUGAAAAGAAAGGAGGAUGGAAACGAGGAUAUGGAUUCUGACGAGGAAACUGUCACACCAUCAAAGAGAGGAAAAACAAUGGAGCAGGACCAGAAGAAAGCCGAAACUGGAAAACUAAGAGAACAAGACAGAUCUUUGUGCCAAGGCGGGUUUUUGGGUUCAAGGGGAAUUGGAGAAAAUUUGAAUAAGUCUCUGAAUGAUGUGAACUGCUCUAGCCAGGGGUCAAAUUUGACAAAGGCUACCAAGACUAUACCACCAAAGCACACGACUGGACAGAGCAGCAGCAGCAGCUCUGAUGAAGACUGCGAAGAUAAUUAUGGUAAAGUUGCUAUGGUAACUGCACAACCUGUGUUCAAAGGAAGCAUAAGAGGUUGCAGUAAUAAAAGCAGGAGAGGAAGAGGGCGAGGAAAGAAAAUCUAAAAAUUAAUUUUGAAGAUGAAAUGUUUUUGUAAUUUGAUGAGUAUUUGAAUGAAAACCCUCAAUGAGAUGGUUGAGAAAUUAUCAAAAUUUUAUACUUACUGCUAAGUCACUUCUUUAGCCUACGUUGUUUAACCCCUUCAUGCACAAAUUAUAUAUAGCCUAUGCACUGCUGGCCAAAAGUAUUGGCACCCUGGCAAUUCUGUCAGAUAAUGUUCAGUUUCUCCCAGAAAAUGAUUACAAUUACAAAUGUAGGGCCCAGUGUGCGAAAGCUGGGUCUUCCAGCAGGACAAUGACCCAAAAUACACUUCAAAAAGCACUAAAAAAUGGUUUGAGAGAAAGCAUUGGAGACUUUUAAAGUGGCCAGCAAUGAGUCCAGACCUGAAUCCCAAUAGAACACCUUUGGAAACAUCUGGAAAUGGGAGUUUGGAGAAGGCACGCUUCAAAUCUCAGAGACCUGAAGCAAUUGGCCAAAGAAGAAUGUUCUAAAAUGCCGGCAGAGCAUUGUAAGACUUAUUGAUGGAUACCGGAAGCGGUUGUUUGCAUUUAUUUUGUCUAAAGGUUGUGCUACCAAGUAUUAGGCAGAAGGUGCCAAUACUUUUUUUCCAGCCCAUUUUUGGAGUUUUGUGUAAAAUGAUAAUGAUUUAAUUAUUUUUAUUUUAUUUUAUUUGGGUUUUUUCAUUGCAAGCAAAAUAAAUGAAAAUAUUGUAAUAGCAGUUAUUUUCUGGGAGAAAUUGUGCAUUAUCUGACAGAAUUGCAGAGGUGCCAAUACUUUUGGCCAGCAGUAUAUAUAUAUAUAUAUAUAUGGCGGAAAACACUUAGGUGACUUGAAGUUCCGCUCUGAGACCCCCAAUUUGGCCGACUUUCAAAAUUGUCCUAUAUGCAUGUGUGAUACCUCAUUGGAAAGCUUAAAAUCUCCAUUUUCUGGGGGAAGAAAAUUUUUGAACAGGAGGGCAUUUAAAAAAAAAAAAUUUAAAUAGCGAAACCCUAUCUGGAAGAGCAUGAAAGCGCAGAAUUAAAGACUCCAUGACCUCAAUGAGAUAUUAUCGCAUAUUCACCUUGUUUGUUUCAAGACACAGCUGUGAAUGGCCACAGCCGGAUUUUGGGGGGUUUUAUGAGUGAAACAUGGUAAUAUAACAAGGGUCGCGAUGCAGAAAUGGCAGACGUCAAGGAGUAGUCAAGAUUUUUUUUUCAUAUAUUUACCUUUAUUUACUUUUAAACGUUUUUUUUUCCAUUUUCAUUUGUUUGGAUCGAUUAUCAUCGAGCAUCGGAGAAAAUGCGACAGUAACAAAAAAAAUACAAUUAAGCGAUAGUUAUGAGGUAGAUAUCCGUGACUUUUUUACAGACACUAUUUUUUUCAUUGUGACGUAAUUUGUUUAAAAGUGUAAAAUAUGCAAGUGAAUAAUUUUAUAUAUAUAUUUUUUUCUUCUUCUUCCUAUAAACGAAAUAUUAGACCGGUUGCGCGACAUUUGUAAACAGGGGUUUCCAGGGUAAAACGGACAAAUUUAAAAUAGCUCGGGGAGCUUAAUGCGCCAUUAAUCUGCUAUGGCAGCAUACAGACAUAUUGUUCUAUCAAACACAACAGUUGUUUUGGCUUAAAAUACAGCAGUUUCUUUUUAAGAGGAGUGCAAGUUUAGAAACUGCUUUUUCAGUCUUGUCUGUUUUCCGCCAUAUAUAUAUAUAUAUAUAUAUAUAUAUAUUUUUUUUUUUUUUUUUUAAACCCUUACAGGGCACUCAUUUACUACUACAAUCUACAUUAUUUUGAGUGGGCUUGGGGAAUGAACAUUUGCUCAUUCGCCCCACCCAGUCAAAACUGUUUGGACGUCUAGCGCCAUCAAGGGCACAGAAACUAUGAGAAUUCUCAGCCAGUCCUCCCAGUUUAAAUGAAUUGGAUGUCUAUCGUUGUCAAUGGCAUGCGAUGAGUGAGUUUUACUUGGGGCUGUAACCAGUGUGUAUUUCUGCUUUUAUUUAUUUUUAGGAUUUAUUUUUUUAUGAAUACUGUAUUCAUUUAUAAAUUCAUAAUUAAAACAAUAUAUAAAAAUUACAAUAU